GGUGGAGGUGGAGGAGGAUGAAGAGGAAGGCGGCUUGGGGAGCCCGCCCGCGCCGCUGCCCAUCCCCGCCAAGGGAAGCCUGAAGGCAGGCAGCAUUAAGCGUGACAUGACCUUCACUGCAUUUCAACAGGAUGACCUAAAAAGUGACAUCAGUCAAAAAUUACCAGACCAACAAUUUUUCCUGUUGGCCAUGAGGGAGGAAGAUUUAAAAACUGCAGACACCAAAAAACCAAACAGAAUUCAUGAGCAUGAAAAAGAAAACACUCGUUCUGUCUGUCUUCUUGAACAGAAACGCAAGGUUGUUUCUUCAAAUAUUGAUGUGCCUCCAGCAAGAAAAUCUUCAGAAGAACUGGACAUGGAUAAAGUGACAGCAGCUAUGGUACUAACCAGUUUAUCCACCAGCCCUUUGGUUCACAGCCCUCCUGUACGGCCCAAUGAAUCCCUGAAUGGAUCUUGGAAAGAAGGAGGAUUUGUGCCUUCUAGUACCAGCAGUAGUGGAUACUGGAGCUGGAGUGCACCCAGUGAUCAGUCCAAUCCAUCCACCCCAUCUCCGCCUCUGUCUGCCGAUAGCUUCAAACCCUUUCGAAUGCCCGCUCAGCCAGAUGAUAGUAUUGAUGAAGCUGAAACCAGUAAUCUCCUUUUUGACGAGCCCAUCCCUAGGAAGAGAAAGAACUCCAUGAAGGUAAUGUUCAAAUGCCUAUGGAAAAACUGUGGAAAGGUACUGAGCACAGCUGCAGGGAUUCAGAAACACAUCCGGACCAUUCAUCUUGGACGUGUAGGAGAGUCUGACUACAGUGAUGGAGAGGAAGAUUUUUACUACACAGAGAUCAGGCUCAACACAGACUCAGUAGCGGAUGGCUUAAGCAGCCUUUCUCCAGUUUCUUCAUCUCUAGGAUCUCCUCCUCCUUUUCCCACCCAAGAUGCAAACCGUCCUGAAACUUCAUGUGCCAAAACUGAGACUAAAUUGAUGACGCCUCUGAGCCGCUCAGCUCCUACCAAUCUCUACCUCGUACACACGGAUCAUGCUUACCAGGCCACUCCUCCAGUGAACAUUCCAGGGUCAACAAAGUUCACUCCCAAUGGCCGUAGCUUUAGCGUCUCUUGGCAGUCACCUCCAGUUACCUUCACGGGCAUUCCGGUCUCACCAACUCAUAAUCGUCCUGCAGGGACUGGAGAGCUGAAACAACAGACCCACACAGUUCUCUCAUCACCGCCCAGAGUGUCAUUUGGCUUAAGGAAACCUAGAGGGGAGGGGAAAAAAUGCCGAAAAGUGUAUGGGAUGGAGAACCGAGAUAUGUGGUGUACUGCCUGCCGUUGGAAGAAAGCCUGCCAAAGGUUCGUCGACUAAAGACUGGAAGCAUGGAGGACCCAAGGGAUGUGAAGUACAAUAGCAAGAUCCUGUUGCUGCAGCUGCCCCUGCCUAUCCUCCAGUGCUGCCUUUUAAACAGACUUGUAUUUCAAAACAAAGCACUUGUAGCCAAGGAGAAGCACUUAGCAAAACCAGUGUGGAGCAAUGGAGCAAUAGAGCAAAAAGUCUUAUCCAGUAUUGAACCCAGAGCAGCUAUUAAUGUUUUUCUUAAAACAAAAAAUAACUUGUUGCUAACUCUGAACUACUUGCUCCCCAUGACUGUUUUUAACAGUGUCAAUGUCUAUGCUGUGAAUGUCUGUAUCAGUUAAACCAAGCACCGCGUCUUGCCCUGAAAUGAAGAUUUCUUUUCAAAAGCCUAAUUAACACUUUAAGACAUAUAAGCUACAGUUCACUCAACAGCAGCCAUACCAAGAGUGGAACCUGUUAAAUAAUUCUGCUGAUGUGAAUGAUCUUGGUUGGAUUCCUCAUUUUCGGGUGUUUUUUUGAGGAAUUCAAAUCUUAAUAUGUCAGAAGGACUCCUGGAUGAUUUUUUAAAAGCAGUCACAAACCAGAACAAGAGUCGAGCUAAGUUUUAAAUUAGAUUGUAAUACUUCAGAGACGGAAAAAUGAUGGGAAAUCACCAGCAGAUCUCAGCCACAAUACAUCAUCUCUAACCAGUCCAGAAAGAUUCUACAGUCAGAAGGUAGCUGGCACUAUUUUUGAUGAUGCACAGGCUGAAGAAGAAUACAGCUCACUCAUCCAUACCCUUGUUUACUCCACAUUGCUGACAGUAGUAAGAUCUUGUUUUUGUCAAUAAACUGGUCAGAUAACACAUAAGGGAAUAGACGAAUGCAGUAACAAGCCACAGUUCAAUAGAACUCCUUUCCUAACUUAAUCAAUUUUAAGAAAAAAAAAUUCUGAUAAAACCUUUGCAUCCAAGUUUGAGAUGACUAUUGUAGGUUUCCCUGAGAGAAAUAAAGAAAUUAUAACAUGAAAAACAAAUUAGUAGUAGAAAUAUAAACGUAGCUUUCCUAUUAUAUGGGACAACUCACAUAAAUCAGGAUUGCAAGAUUUUGUCCAAAUUCUUAAAAUCUAACCCAGUGCUACAAAGGAGCUCCUAAAUUACAUUUGUAAAUUCUCAAUGUUCAUCAUCGUUCCCCUCUAGGAAAUGUAAGAAUUUUAUCUUUCAUUUUACACUACUCUACUGUAGAUGAUAGGGAUAUCCCUGAGUUCUGAAUCUGUAUCCAGUCAUGUUAAGGAAGAGUUUUCCUCGCCAAUUAGUUAUUUCAAUAGCAAAUAGUAGUGCAGCAUUUGGUAUGUAAUGUUCAGAUAAACUGAAGUUACUAAGUGUACAUAGAGAAAUAUCUUGAGAAAAAUAACAAAAUGAUGUAAAUAAUAUGGAUUUCCUCAGGGAAAAUAAAAGGGCAGUAGAUGCAAAAAA